UUCCAUAGAUCAACAUCAGCCUAUCACAUUCUCUGACACUACACAGCACGGCUUGGUGACCAAAGAAAAUAAGGAAAAGAACAGCCAUUGAAGGCUGGAAGAAGAGUAUCACAUUAUUUUUCUUACUGUAAACAAUAAUUUUGCCGACUUGAAAAACUACAGCGUACCUGUCAACUGCAGGGUUUGGUGAAACUAAAAAUGUCUUGCUUGUCAAAGCUUGUGUAAUUGAUGUUUGCUGUUUCCCACUGUAAGUGAACGCAACACAACUUGUGAAACGCGCCCGAAGCCACGCCCCUUUAUAGUAGGGCGGGACGUGGCCGCUGCUUGGUUUCUGUUGAUGUCAAAAAGUUACACAAGCUGAAAAGAGGAGAGGUUUUACACAAGGGCGGUUUCACAACUGUCAACACGGCUUCACACCUACAUCCACCGGUUCUACCUGUGAGCAGGGAGCGCUUCUUCAGAGGAACACCAGCCUGCCAUCAGCGGGGGAACAUUUUAUGUCACCCACUCCUCCACGUUUUCUCUUUUCACGGUAAUCGUGUGAUUUCUUCAACCCUCCACCCAAUAUUCCCAGUGACCAGUGAAUGCCAGGCAACAAGCGGCAUGUUAACGUGAUCUCCUCGGCUCCGGGUCUCCAAUUAUCUCUCUGUGUCGUCCGUCUGUCUGGCCUCUGGUGGAUCUCUGGUUGGCUCCCGCCGCCUUCACGCCGCUCUCACUCACCGUGGACUUUCCGUGGCCUGUUGAAUCAUCACCCACGCAACAUCUACAGGCAUCUCAGCCAUGGAGCUCAGCUCUGUGAUUUUAACCACCGGGAGCUCGGUGGCCAUGUUCAAGCUGGUGAACGCAGGGAUCGGCAGGCUUCACAUCCCGGAGUCAGCCAGCAGGAAUUUAUGGAAAUGGAGAAAUAUCUCCACAUCCUUCGUGCACAGCUGUAUCACGGCUAUCUGGGCUGUGCUUUGCUUUUUCCGACAUCCACAGAUGGCUGAGGAUCUGAUAGAAACUCACUCUGUGUUUUCACAUUCUUUGGUGUCCCUUUCUAUCGGGUACUUCAUCUAUGACUUCCUUGACAUGUUGGGCAACCAGAAGCUGAGUCAGUCCUGGGAGCUGCUCUUCCACCACGUCGUGGUCAUCACCUGCUUCGGCCUCUCCGUGGUGUCGUGUCGCUACGUGGGAUUCUCCGUGGUGGCCCUGCUGGUGGAGAUCAACUCGGUGUUCCUCCACCUCCGGCAGAUCCUGCGCAUGGCCAGCAUGGCGGCGACCACGCUCUACCGCGUCAACAGCAUCAUCAACCUGGGCACGUACGUGGUUUUCCGCAUCAACACGCUGGCUUGGAUGACCCGCUGGCUGGUGCUCAACAGGGACAAUAUCCCCCUGCUGGCCUACACGCUGGGCAGCGUGGGCAUGGCCAUCAUGACCGUCAUGAACAUCAUCCUCUUCUGCCGGCUGCUCAGGAGCGACUUUUUAAAGAGCAGCACCCGGGAGGCCAAGAAGGAGAAGGAGAUGUAGAACUGCGCUCUGUUAGGACCCCGGUGGCUCGGAUCCAGCGCUCGUUUAAGAGACGGAGAUCUGUGCUGCAAAUGUCGCCGGACCUCCUCUGACCUCGCUGGAGGAAGCUUCUUCCCCUCAGCUGCGGGUUUUGGCAUUAGAGCUUGUGUGCUUCACCUCAUGAAGAGCAUAAGUCCUGUAAACGUGUUGCCUACCAAAUGCCUUAACAUCCCAACCAAAUGUAGCUGGGAAUAAGCGCCACCUUUCAAACAGAUCCUCACACAGCCACUGGGAACAGAGAAUGUAAAAUAUCUUUAGUAACAUCAUAAAUGUAUCACUUAAUCCAUCUAGUUUAUGCUUUAUACACAUCGUGCUGUUUUUUUGUUUUUUUUAAUGACGUUUUUUACCCACUGAGUAGAUAAAUCAGUAGCGCCCUCUUUUGGUUUGACUUUGGCACUGCAGAGAUGAAUGUGUUCUCCACCAAAUGUCCUCAACUAAAAACCGCCUGCUACCUCAGAACUGGUUGCUAGCUCCCGCUUUGCUGGUGGUGUUGAUCACUUUGUUGAAAAUCCACAAAUGACUUGAAUCAUAAACGUACGCGCGGCGCCCGCUCUCCACAAGUAAUUUCAAGCCUUUUAAAAAAGACCUUAGAAUAAUUCCCUCUCGUCUUUGCUGCGUUUCUCUAACGAUGAGCUUUGUUUGGUCCUUGUUGUUUCGCGCUCUCAGAUGUUUCAAGCUUUAUUUUUACUCUGACUCUGGAUAUGGGCAGGUUUAGUCGAGCACUGAUUUUCGUGUAAUCAUUUCCCGACUCGAAGAACAAAGAACAGAAAUAUGCAUCUCCCUUUCUCGAAUGACUUGCAUUUCCCAUUUUGAAGAGUAGCUGAGAGAAAAUGAGCCUUUCUGCCAUCUUUGUACCCCAGAGACAGAGGAAGUCAAGACUUGGUAUAAGAUAGAUCCUCAGUGAUAUACAUCUGUUUUUAUGCCAUUCUGGACAUAAAGGUGCAAAAUAUUAAUCAUAAAUAUUUAAAUAAAAGUCUAAAUCAUGAUGCCACACUGAUUAAAUCAAUUUUUGAUUGUUUGUUGUAGUGUGGAGCACAGCUAGCAAACUUUUAUUACCUUAACUUGGUUUGCAAAAUCUAAAGUUUAAGCUGAAUUUAAAAACUACACGAGUCGUAAAAUUAUAUUUUUACUUAUUUUUUUUAAUUAUUUUGCAUUCAGACUAGAUGUAAAUCUAAACUAAACCUAUGAAUCGAAUAUUAAAAUUACAGUCAGAUGUGGCAAGUGAACAAUAACGCUUGCAGAAAUCAAUGUAAAUAAAUAAACAAUAAUAGAUUUUUGUCCUUUAGAAUCAAAGAAGGAAAGAAAAAUGUCUGGGAAAUUAAAACAUUUAACUGAUUCAAAUUAUAGAACAAAAUUAGCUUUUUUCCCCCCCAGACUGCUCAGGAACCCUGUUUUUUAAUUAAAUGAAGGUUGGACUUUUCUAAAUUUUCAUGUGAGAUCAACUCGGUGAAAUACAAGAUGCAUUUGAUUUGGGCAUUUUUACACAUCUUAAAUGUGGAGAGCGCCAUAUUUAACCUUAAUGUAGAAGUAGAGCUUCUAGAACAGGAACGAUUUCAGGAUAAAUGCUUCAAACAAUAAUUUAAGUGUCCUUCUCUCUGCAGUAAAUCAAAUGACUUGAUGGUGGAUAAGAGCACGGCACAUGCUAGCCAAGUCAACACUACGGCGUUUGUAUUGAAGAAAGAAAAACUGACAGAAUAAAAACAUUAAUAUUGGAUUUUAUCUCUUAAAAAUUGCUUUGAAUAAUUAAGCCAACAUCUAUCAGAUUUUAAACGAAGGGAUUCUGAGUCACUUUCAGUGGGAAUCACUGGAGUAACAGAAAUAACUUUAUGAAACUCUAAUAGCUUUAUAGGCAAAUUAAAUGAGAAUUUUACCAGAACAUUGUGGAUUAGAGCAUGACACUCCGUAGCGAAACUUUCAUGGCUUUUAUUUAUUUCUUUUUUGACUAAUAAGGAAUAUUCAGGAAAAAAAUUAGAAGGAAUUGUAUGUUAUUGCCCGACGAAUUAGCACUGACAAAAAAAAAAACACACUGCAGGGGUUUUGACUCAACGGGCUCACUGGUUCAUCCGUCACCGGAUCUCCUGUUUCCAUCUGUAAGUACACUUGAACCCAGUGAAAUAGGAGCAAAAUACGUGUGCUCUACUGCGAAAUACCAUUAGUAGAUGUUCAUGUUUGGUAAAUUAUUGUGCUGUUAAGUGCAGGGGUGGGUUUCGGUCUGCAGUAGGAGCUUUCAGACAGACGGGAGUCCCCGUUCUCCACAGGUAGGACAUUUCUGAACGUCGCCUCGGUGACCUCACACAGCCAAGACCAAUGUGUGUGUAUUUUGUAACAUUUUUAUGUACAUGUGCCAUCCUGCCUUUAAUCUGAAGGAUGCUGAUAAGCCCCAGUGGAUAUAUUUCUGAGUUAGAGAACAAACAUGUCUGAGAUCUGUGAAUACAGCAAACUGAGCUGCCUACUCUUCCAACUCUAAUCAUUGCAUUUUAAUUUUAUCCUCUAGAAAACUGCUUGUUUUAUUUUUUAUAUUUUUCCUUCCUGAAUCGUCAGUGUUUGCUUAAUUGUAUAUGUUUGUAAUUUAUUUCUGCUAAUAAGUUUUGGAUUAAAACUGUAAUUGAUGUGGUAUGUAAGGUUUCCUGUUGUGAAAAGAAAAGUUUAUGAUGAUGAUGCUUUUUUUUCUGACUGUAACAUUGAGCUUUAUGAGUUCAGAUCAAAUUUGUGAACAUAAGGCAAAAUUAUUAUUUUUUUUAUUUAAUCACCAUAUUACAAACACAGCAGCUGUAAUGAAAUAGACUAAAAGUUUAAUCUGAGCACUUAAGGUUUCUGCUGAUUAGGAAGUAUAAACACGUCUUCAGUGUCGCUCCUGAUUUGUUGAGGCUGAUUACAACAAUCUCAUAAAAAUGUGGAAAAUAUUUUUCCUAUUGAUUUGCCCUCUUAUUUAAUUUUUUAUAUAUAUAUUUUUGUUUCAGGGCAGCUUUUGCGGUCGUGAAGACGAUUGGUGUCAUUGAAGUUCUCUUUGAAAAGCUGAGGUGACGUGUGCGUCUUGUAAAACUGCACUGAUACUGUUUGUUCUCUGUGCUUUAAUGAGUUGUGAUUAGUUGAGUUUUUAUUCUCAUUUUAAUGACAUUAGCUAAAACGACCCGUCUUCUGGCUCCUUCCUGUUCUCUAGUAACUUACCUUUUUCUCUUGGCUUUAAUUUCCCAAUGCAACUCCAACCAGGCUGCGAGAUGAUGCUCUGUCUAAAGGUUUUUACAGCUGCCAUAUCACCAAAACAGCCUCAUGUUCCUCUUCACGCACAAUAAACCUUACAGAUAAUCCACAUCUGAGCUCCAUUAUUUAAAAAACUUGAUGAGAUCCAUCAUUUUUCCACAGUACGCUUAUUCUUUACAGCUUAGUGAAAAUGGAGAACUGACUAUUAACACUGUACAGCUUUUCUGUGAUUUCUGUCCAUUUUCUUUAAAAGGUAAACUCAGAAAAUGGAGGAAAUCAAGACCAAGCUCUGAAAGCAUGCAUCUUUCACCUUCAGAUCACUCCUAUUAAACUCUGGUGUUUAACUGUAACUGUGUAAAUAUAACUUUUAUUUUUUCUUGUUUUGGCAGAUUUUGUUUUGUAACUGCAUUUAAUGUUUAUAUAUAUUCAGUAUGUUUCUAUAAUGCAAUUGUUUAACAUGACAAUAAAGAUGAGAGGUAAAAAAAACGUA